AUGGCCUCCACGUCACAGUCUCUCCGUUUUCUGGUCGGGCCUGCAACCACCGGACCUGGCGGUGGCAGUUUCGACGCUCUUAAUCGCAUACUUGCCGACCUCUGCACUCGCGGCAACCCUAAGGAGGGGGCGACAUUAUCAUUGAGAAAACAUCUAGAGGAAGAAGCACGUGAUCUAAGUGGAGAAGCAUUUCCGCGCUUUAUGGAUCAUUUAUAUGAAAGAAUUUCUACUUUAUUAGAAAGUAAUGAGGUUGCUGAGAAUUUGGGAGCAUUAAGAGCAAUUGAAGAGUUAAUAGACAUAGCGCUUGGAGAGAAUGCAUCCAAAGUGUCUAAGUUUGCUAUUUAUAUGCGGAGUGUGUUUGAGAUGAAGCGAGAUCCUGAUGUGUUGACACUUGCUAGCAGAGUUCUUGGCCAUUUGGCCAGGGCUGGUGGAGCAAUGAUUGCGGAUGAAGUGGAAUUUCAGGUUAAAAUGGUACUAGGCUGGCUUCGCAAUGAUAAAGCAGAAUUUCGCCUUUUUGCUUCCGUCUUAAUUUUAAAAGAAGUGGCAGAAAAUGCUUCUACAGUUUUCAAUGUUCAUGUACCUGAAUUUGUCGACGCUAUCUGGGUUGCACUGAGGCAUCCAACAUUGGCAAUUAGAGAGAGGGCUGUGGAGGCACUGCGUGCUUGCCUUCGAGUUAUUGAGAAGCAAGUUGGUAGUUAUGGUGGAGGAAAAGGUGCUCUCAUCAAAGGACAAAACUUUGUCUUAACAGAUUUUGUGGCUUUAGCGCCAUAUGGGUUUAUUAAACUUAUCCUAACAGAUACUGCAAAUUGGUAUUAUCGUAUGUUUGAGGCUACACAAGAUGGAUUGGGUAAAAAUGCUCCUGUUCACAGCAUACAUGGUUCUUUACUUGCUGUUGGAGAGCUCUUAAGCAAUAUAAUUGGAGCAAUUGCAAGGAUAUUUCCUAGGGACAGUGCGGAGCAAGUGGUUGAAUUACUGUUUGAUUGGUUGGAGCUAGUUUCAUUCAUUCGCGUAAUGGAGAAUUGGAGGCUGUUCAUGAUGUCAAGGUACAGAGAAGUUGCUGAGAUUGUUCUCAGAUACCUCGAGCAUCGAGAUCGACUUGUUCGGCUUAGCAUAACUUCAUUGCUACCUCGCAUUGCGCACUUUCUGCGGGAUAGAUUUGUUACAAAUUACUUAGAGAUAUGCAUGAAUCAUAUUCUUGCAGUGCUGAGAAUACCAGCUGAACGUGGCAGUGGGUUCAUUGCCCUAGGGGAGAUGGCUGGUGCUUUGGAUGGGGAACUUGUCCAUUAUUUGCCGACAAUUACAGCUCACUUACGUGAUGCAAUUGCUCCACGUAGGGCCAAACCCUCACUUGAGGCAUUGGCUUGUGUCGGAAACAUUGCAAAAGCCAUGGGGCCUGCUAUGGAACCUCAUGUUCGCAGCCUUUUGGAUGUUAUGCUCUCUGCAGGGCUCUCUGCCACCCUUGUUGAUGCCCUGGAGCAGAUAAGUCCAAGGGCAGCUGUUCCUGUUCCUCCUGUUCGAGGGGGUAUGACAAAUGCACCUCAGCAAGUAUCAGACCUCAGUGGUUCAGCUCUGGUGCAACUUGCUUUGCAGACGCUAGCUCGUUUUAAUUUUAAGGGGCACGAGCUUCUCGAGUUUGCAAGAGAAUCAGUGGUUGUAUAUUUGGAUGAUGAAGAUGGAGCAACCAGGAAAGAUGCUGCACUUUGUUGUUGUAAAUUAGUUGCAAAUUCCUUUUCUGGUAUGGCAUCUACGCAGUUUGGUUCUAGCAGGUCCAAUCGUACUGGGGGAAAACGAUGGCGUCUUAUUGAGGAGCUUGUGGAAAAGCUUCUCAUUGCAGCUGUUGCAGAUGCUGAUGUCACUGUUCGCCAAUCUAUCUUUUCUUCUCUUCACGGAAAUAGAGGUUUUGAUGAUUUUCUAGCACAAGCUGAUAGUCUCAGUGCAGUUUUUGCUGCUUUGAAUGAUGAGGAUUUUGAUGUUAGAGAGUAUGCAAUCUCCGUGGCUGGAAGACUAUCAGAAAAGAAUCCUGCAUAUGUUCUUCCUGCACUUCGUCGUCAUCUCAUACAGUUGUUGACCUAUCUAAAACAAAGUGCAGAUAACAAAUGCAGAGAAGAAAGUGCGAAGUUAUUAGGUUGUUUGAUACGUAAUUGUGAACGACUUGUACUCCCAUACAUUGCUCCAAUACACAAGGCACUUGUGGCAAGACUUCUUGAAGGAACAGGAGUAAAUGCCAAUAAUGGCAUCAUUAGUGGAGUUCUCGUAACUGUUGGAGAUCUUGCCAGAGUGGGUGGUUUUGCUAUGAGGCAAUAUAUUUCAGAGCUUAUGCCUCUGAUAGUUGAAGCUUUGUUAGAUGGAGCAGCAGUUACAAAGCGUGAAGUGGCUGUUGCAACUCUUGGGCAAGUUGUUCAGAGCACUGGGUAUGUCAUAACUCCAUAUAAUGAGUAUCCACAGUUACUUGGCUUACUCCUCAAAUUGUUGAAUGGCGAAUUAGUGUGGUCUACCAGACGUGAAGUAUUGAAGGUUCUUGGCAUAAUGGGAGCUCUGGAUCCCCAUGUGCAUAAGCGAAACCAACAAAACCUGCCUGGUUCACAUGGUGAGGUUGCCCGUGCAGCCAGUGAUUCAGGUCAACACAUCCCAUCGAUGGAUGAGCUACCUAUGGACCUUUGGCCUUCUUUUGCUACAUCAGAAGAUUAUUACUCAACGGUAGCAAUCAACUCCCUCAUGCGAAUUCUCAGGGAUCCUUCACUUGCUAGCUAUCACCAAAAGGUGGUUUUGCCGGAUCUCUUCCACACUGUUCGUACAUGUGAUGAUUAUCUUAAAGAUUUUAUAACAUGGAAGCUUGGAACUCUGGUAUCUAUUGUGCGCCAGGUUUUGCAUUUAGUGGAACAGCUUUGCUUGGCUCUCAAUGAUGAAUUCAGAAAGCAUCUUCCUGUCAUUUUGCCAUGUUGCAUCCAAGUACUAAGUGAUGCAGAAAGGUGUAAUGAGUACACAUAUGUUCUCGAUAUACUUCACAUGCUUGAAGUGUUUGGUGAUGCUGCAGUGGAUAUAGAACAUUCUGUUUUACAAAGUGCCAUACUUGAAAGAUCUUCUAAAUUGCAGCCUGUAGAGAAUUUCUCAUUAUGCUUACACAAUGUAGGGACAUUGGAUGAGCAUAUGCAUCUACUUCUUCCUGCGCUUAUUCGAUUGUUUAAAGUGGAUGCUUCUAUGGAUAUAAGACGGGCUGCUAUCAAAACUUUGACGAGAUUGAUCCCCUGUGUACAGAUCCAGAGGGGUUACUGGUCACAUUUCUUCUCUUGUGCAUCACCUGAAGUUAGUGUUGGAUGGGUAGGGGAUACUGAUUUUAAGAGUAAACCAAAACCUGAGGUUUUUUCAGAAUCUCUCUUCACCUUGGAGACAAUAUUGAAGAAUGAAGAGAUCCGGAAAGAUGCUGUUGAUGCACUUUGUUGUUUGGCUCAUGCCUUAGGGGAGGAUUUCACCAUUUUCAUCCCAUCAAUUCACAAACUCUUACUGAAGCAUCGAUUGCAGCAUAAAGAAUUCGAAGAAAUUGAAGGACGCUUGAGGAGACGUGAACCUCUAAUCUUGGGGAGUACAGCUGCACAAAGAUUGAGCAGACGACUUCCAGUGGAGGUUAUUAGUGACCCUUUAAAUGAUAUGGAUAACGACCCUUACGAAGAUGGGGUUGACAUGCAUCGACAUCUUAGAGGCCAUCAGGUUAAUGAUGGUCGAUUACGCACUGCUGGAGAGGCUUCUCAGCGCAGUACUAAAGAAGAUUGGGCAGAGUGGAUGAGGCAUUUGAGCAUCGAGCUUCUGAAGGAGUCUCCUUCUCCAGCUUUAAGAACCUGUGCAAGGCUUGCACAGUUGCAGCCUUUUGUUGGACGAGAGUUAUUUGCUGCUGGUUUUGUUAGCUGCUGGGCACAACUGAAUGAGGCUAGUCAGAAACAUUUGGUUCGGAGUUUAGAGAUGGCAUUUUCAUCUCCAAAUAUUCCUCCAGAGAUUCUAGCAACGCUUCUUAACUUGGCUGAGUUCAUGGAACAUGAUGAGAAACCUCUACCUAUAGACAUCCGCCUUCUUGGUGCUCUUGCGGAUAAGUGUCGUGCAUUUGCCAAGGCUUUGCAUUAUAAAGAAAUGGAAUUUGAAGGUUCACGCUCCAAGAAGAUGGAUGCUAAUCCUGUUGCUGCAGUUGAAGCUCUCAUUCAUAUAAAUAAUCAGUUACAUCAGCAUGAGGCUGCUGUUGGAAUAUUGACCUACGCCCAACAACACCUGGAUGUUCAACUUAAGGAGUCAUGGUAUGAGAAGUUGCAACGGUGGGAUGAUGCUCUCAAAGCAUACACUGUCAAAGCCUCUCAAGUUUCAAGUCCACAUCUUGUAUUGGAAGCUACAUUAGGGAGGAUGCGAUGUCUUGCUGCUUUAGCUCGGUGGGAAGAGCUUAACAACCUUUGUAAAGAAUAUUGGACACCAGCUGAGCCAUCUGCUCGAUUGGAAAUGGCUCCAAUGGCUGCUAAAGCUGCUUGGAACAUGGGUGAGUGGGAUCAGAUGGCAGAAUACGUGUCUCGAUUAGAUGAUGGUGAUGAAACUAAACUUCGGGGUUUGGGUAAUACUGCUGCUAGUGGCGAUGGAAGUAGUAACGGUACAUUCUUCAGGGCUGUGCUAUUAGUUCGUAGAGGGAAGUAUGAUGAAGCUCGUGAGUAUGUUGAGAGAGCUAGGAAGUGCCUAGCAACUGAGCUUGCUGCUUUGGUUCUGGAGAGCUAUGAGCGUGCUUAUGUCAAUAUGGUCCGUGUUCAGCAGCUGUCCGAACUGGAGGAGGUCAUUGACUAUUGUACCCUUCCUGUGGGAAAUCCUGUUGCUGAAGGACGGCGUGCCCUUGUACGCAAUAUGUGGACAGAGAGGAUACAAGGAGCGAAACGUAAUGUUGAGGUCUGGCAAGCUAUUUUGGCUGUAAGAGCACUUGUACUGCCUCCAACUGAAGACAUUGAUAAUUGGCUCAAGUUUGCUUCUCUAUGUCGAAAAAAUAAUCGCAUUAGUCAGGCUAGAUCCACUUUGAUUAAACUUUUACAGUAUGACCCUGAGACAUCUCCUGAAAAUAUGCGAUACCAUGGGCCUCCUCAAGUGAUGUUGGCAUACUUGAAAUAUCAAUGGUCACUUGGGGAGGAUCACAAGCGAAAAGAAGCUUUUGCUAGGUUGCAGGAUUUGGCCAUAGAGCUUUCAAGUGACCCAAAUAUGCAAUCAAUUAUACCAGCAGGUUUAAUGGGUGGCACGGGUCAAAAGGCCCAUCUCUUGGCACGUGUAUAUCUUAACCUUGGAACCUGGCAAUGGGCGCUUUAUCCUGGUUUGGAAGAUGAUUCCAUGCAAGAGAUUCUUUCAUCAUUCAGGAAUGCCACUCAGUAUGCACCAAAAUGGGGAAAUGCAUGGCACUGGUGGGCUUUGUUCAAUACAGCAGUGAUGUCACAGUAUACGAUAAGAGGGUUGCCAAAUGUUGCCUCACAGUUUGUUGUUGCAGCGGUCACUGGAUAUUUUCAUUCAAUUGCCUUUGCUGCAAAUGCUAAAGGGGUUGAUGAUAGUUUACAGGAUAUACUCCGCCUUCUUACCUUAUGGUUCAACCAUGGAGCUACUGCAGAAGUUCAAAUGGCACUGCAGAAAGGAUUUGCUCAUGUUAAUAUCAACACAUGGCUUGUUGUUUUACCUCAAAUAAUUGCCAGGAUACAUUCGAAUAACCAUGCUGUGAGAGAACUAAUUCAAUCACUUUUGGUGCGAAUUGGACAAAGUCAUCCACAGGCUCUUAUGUACCCUCUUCUUGUGGCUUGUAAAUCUAUAAGCAAUUUACGUAAAGCAGCUGCUGAGGAAGUGGUAAACAAAGUGCGGCAGCAUAGUGGUGUGCUUGUGGAUCAGGCACAACUUGUAUCUACGGAACUAAUUAGAGUUGCGAUACUUUGGCAUGAAAUGUGGCACGAGGGACUGGAAGAAGCAAGUCGUUUGUAUUUUGGUGAACAUAACAUUGAUGGAAUGCUAAAGGUGUUGGAGCCUCUGCAUAAAAUGCUUGAGGAGGGUGCUAUGAAGGAGAAUAUUACUGUUAAGGAGAGAGCAUUCAUUGAGGCGUAUCGGCAUGAAUUGUUAGAGGCAUGGGACUGUUGCAUGAAGUACAAGAAAACUGUAAAAGAGGCUGAGCUUACUCAGGCAUGGGAUCUAUAUUAUCACGUCUUCAGACGAAUAGACAAGCAGCUUCAAGUCAUGACGACUCUUGACCUGCAGUCUGUUUCUCCUGAGCUGGUAGAAUGCCGAGAUUUGGAGCUUGCUGUUCCUGGAACAUAUCGUGCUGGUAUAAUGAACUUUUUACAACUCAUUUAUUACCAAACCCUCCGACCCCGGAAAUUGACUAUUCAAGGGAGUGAUGGGGAGGAUCAUGCCUUCUUGCUGAAGGGACAUGAAGACUUGCGCCAAGAUGAACGUGUCAUGCAGCUUUUUGGAUUGGUGAAUACUCUGCUGGAGAAUUCAAGAAAAACUUCAGAGAAGGAUCUGUCUAUUCACCGAUAUGCUGUAAUUCCAUUAUCUCCAAACAGUGGGUUAAUUGAAUGGGUUCCUAAUUGUGACACACUACACUAUCUCAUUCGAGAAUACAGGGAUGCCAGGAAGAUUACCCUAAAUCAAGAGCACAAAUACAUGCUCAGUUUUGCUCCGGAUUAUGACAAUUUACCACUCAUAGCUAAAGUUGAAGUCUUUGAGUAUGCUCUUCAAAAUACUGAAGGGAAUGACCUGGCUAGGAUCUUGCAUAUUGACUUUGGAGAUUGCUUUGAAGCUUCAAUGAACCGGGAAAAGUUUCCUGAGAAGGUUCCCUUCCGUUUGACAAGAAUGCUUGUGAAAGCUAUGGAGGUUAGUGGUAUAGAGGGCAAUUUUCGCUCUACUUGUGAAAAUGUGAUGCAAGUUCUUCGAACACACAAUGAUAGUGUUAUGGCCAUGAUGGAGGCCUUUGUUCAUGAUCCUCUCAUCAAUUGGCGCCUUUUCAACUUUAACGAGGUCCCACAAAUGUCAAUGUUUGCCAAUAGUCAUGUCCCUGCUGUUGUGAAUACUGAGGAAUCUGCUCCUAGCAGAGAGCUCCCUCAACCUCAACGCGGUGCUCGUGAGAGGGAACUUCUUCAGGCUGUUAAUCAGCUUGGUGAUGCUAAUGAGGUUUUGAAUGAACGUGCUGUGGUUGUCAUGGCCCGGAUGAGUAAUAAACUGACUGGACGUGAUUUUUCCACACCUUCAUUGUCUGCAAGUUCUAUCCAACAUGCAGUAGAUCACAGCUCCUUAAUUUUCGGAGAUACUCGUGAAGAUCAUGGUUUAUCUGUGGUGCCCUUUUUGGUGAAGAGAAGCAACCCUGUUGCAUAG